CUCAUAAUGAUCGUAUCGAACACGCAGAAAAAAAAGCAACUGCUAAUCGGAAAACCGAUCUUCGCCGUAAUUUCCGCGAUGGGAAGAUAAUUCAACGAGCGCACUAUUAGUUGCGUUCCUAUUCACCGUCAUUUGACUUUUUGCGUCCAGCUGCGCGGCAAAAAGCGCAGGUGGAUCAAGUUUUUUCUCAGGCUGAUUCAGCAGAUUCAAGCGAUUAAUAGGCGAACCUUUCAGAAUCAAUUUUGCGAUCGGUGCAGAUUGACUGCGCUUCCAAUCGUGACUCCUAAUCGAAUAUUAUCUAUGCACGACAAAAAAAAGGGCAUUAAUGACCUGCGCGUGUUCUUUGUUAUACUCCAAUCGAUUAUGCUGCCCGUCAGCACUGUGAAUUGCCAAUGUGAUGCUUGGAUCGACAACUAUGCCGUUAAUAAUCGCCGUUCUCUACGCGAUGUAACAAAAAUACGCAUGUACAUACACUGACGAAGCAUGGAAGCAAUACACAAAUUUCCCAUAUUAAGAAAAAGGGGAAAUUCUUUCAUCUUUAUGCCGUCAAAAUCGAUAUUUAUUUUAAUAAGUUGAAGAAAUGUAAUACGUUUGACAGAAAAGAGACGUAAACCUAAAAAGCAAGAUGAAAGGAAAUCGGUGUCGACAAUCUGUAAACAAGAAAUUUGUACAGUUGCUUAAAUUCCAUAGUAAAUUUUUACUGCCACGAGAGUGCCGUCUGUCAUCGAGCAAAUAGAAUUGUUAAGAACGUUCGGGCAAAGAUAUUUAUCUGUGGGUAUUUUCUUUUCGGCUUCGCUUGACAGGUAGGAGAUACCCGAGGAUACCAUAGAAUCGUGGUGGGCUCGCAUCUGGAUCCGUAGGUAUCGGUCGACCGCAGGAGGGCAAUAAGUGUAUAUUUAGAGUAGGAGUAAAGGAGCAAGCGGUAAAAUUGGACACAAGCCAUUAAUUAUCGAAGGACAAGAGUCCUGGGAGAGAAGCCUGGCUGUUUUCGGUCAUUCCCGCCCCCUUUCCCUGCCUCGUUAUCCUCUGAUUACCGAUCUCUCUAUCUCUCUCCUCUCCUCUCUCGCAGAAGGGCCCUUAAACAUCGCUAUUGGUGGUCCCGGGGUUGCGAGUUUUAGCAAGGUGGUCCGGUAUUAAAUCAUAAAUGUCAGCAGGAGAGUGAAGAAGUGGGAGGGUGCAUCCUUCCGUCGAAAUAUUAUUGCGGUGGUAACUGACGUGUGUGCCGCUGAGGGUUUCUUAUGUCUCGCUCGGCCUGUGCUCGCACGAGUAAUCAACACGAUUAUUCACGCGGAAUGAUAUUUGAUUAAAGUAACAUCUUAAUUUCCAGUCGCUCGUAAAUCACAGCUGUUACCGUAUAAUUUCUGUUCUUAAACAUACAUCUCGGGUUUAUGCGUGUAGAUAUUCGAUACGUUUGUCAGUACAUUUAUGUAUUCUUUUAUAAUGAAAAUAAUGUCAUAAAACAUUUAAUUGUAAUUUAUUUAUUCUUUUUAAUUCUCAACUUUCACUUCAGCAUCGAUUUUUAUUUGUAAUGCAAAUAUCUAUAGUAGCCAGGCAAUAAAGAGUAUUUCAAAGUUGAAAUCACUCCUUCGCAAUUGUCCGUACAGCAUCGGCUUUCUCCGCGUCUCUCGUUUUAUCGCGCGACCUCUCAUUUGCGUAACAACCGUUUGUUGAGCGAUACGAUCUCGAUUGUAAAGGGGAAAAAUACUAUGGCUUAUAUAUGGCCUGUUCCCGUAUCUUGAAUCCGUUUCCGGUAAUAACGUAUGCUGCGGUAGACCCUGAGUAACUAUCGGUCGAAACGCAGAUGAGAAAUUCCUAUCGCGGGAUUUCACACUCAAUUAAUUCUGAGUUUAAACGCAACCCACUAUUUCACAGUUCAUUAUUGCAUAUACGUGCAGCUCUGCUACAUGUUUGCCAGUCUUAAAUUUACGUAUAAUGAAUAUGCAAUAAAUAAAAUUUAUACAUUUUCUCUCCUUCUGGUUUCCAGAGUUAUGGCAAAAAUUAAAAUUAAAAUUAAAAAGAUUACGUGCAUACGUGUUGAAAACUACGAAUCUACGUUAAUAAGAAAUCCUAGAAAUGCGCGAAUGUUAUUAAAUUUUUGCACGUGUCUAAAUAAAUUUAAUGAGUUGAGGAAACUCUUUGUUACUACCAAAAGAUAUUAUUCUUCAUAUGUAUGAUCUAUAGUAAAAAGUAUUAAAAAAAUAUUUGACACAAAAUCACGUUUGUGAUAUUCUCGAUUAACUUUGCUCAUACUAAGAGAAUGCGUACAGGUCUCUUGAUAUUGUUGUCAAUUCAGUUUUCGACAUGGUGCCGAGAGCUCUGAAAGCGUAGAAAGUCCAGUGUCCGCCUUGGCUUUUACCUAAUCGCGACGGGGUCAGUGCGGAGGCAUCGCGAGAAUGGCGAUCAAUGUGAUGGGCUAUCUGUCGGUGUUUCUCGUGAAAGCGGCAUUCCCAAACGACGCUGGUUCGGGGAACGAACGGGCAUUCGGUAUCUCGAGGAGGCCUCUUCUUCGCGGCGUGUCGUCGAGCGUACACGCAUGCAUACGCACACAGGCGCACUUUGUCCGGUACACACUCUUGACGAUGGGCCUCUGAAGUUUACCAGUGAUUCGCUUGGUCAAAUACGUGUGAAUACACACAUGUACGUACACACACACAUACAACAUGACGCAUGCACGCACGCACGCACGCACGAAACCAUCUCCUUCUUUCCCUUGCUCUUUAGGAAGAGUGAAAGACAAAGUUUUUCUCUUCCCCGUUGAUGCACGAGAAUACCCCUCUCUUAGCCUCCUUCUCUCUCCACUUAUUUCAACCCGGACCAACUUCCCUUUCCGUCGUACGAAGCGACGGAAGCUCUCCUUGCGUCCGUGAUUUUUGACGAACAAGAGUUUAAGAGUAACUCUUCCGGAUAACUCAUUAUCACUAUAUUCACUAAAUUUGAUUGCUUGCUGUACUCAUGGAAGAUUGUGAAAGCCCAUCGUAUUUCUUCGAAUAGCGCGUUGCAUUACGACGUGCACGCAGGAACGUGUUGCGAGUGCAUCGGCGCGCGUGCAGCUCACACGUGUAGCAUUCUGAUCGCGUCGGUACUUCAAUCUAGACUUGGCAAUACAUUCUGUGAGAUGCGUAUCUAUUCUUCAUUAGGUUUCAGCUAUAUAUAUAUUAGCAACGUGUAGACGAAACACACAUCUCUGAGAAGUAAUCUUGGAAAGAAUGAAUGAAACAACAAAGGAAAUGCUAAUAGUAUUUUAAUGUUACUAAAUUAGUUACUUUAUUACUUAUUUAUUAUUAUAUAGGCGGGAGAAAGGACUGUACUCCGGGAUUCUAUCAGACCGGUUAAAACAAUAAACUAUUUCCAGCGGAGAAAUGAUAUGAUAUGUUUUGGAUAUAUUAAUGUGAUAUAUUUCGAUUUCUCGUACAGUCGGUUCGAGUCAGGAUUUCGGACUAACUGUUUUGUUGUCUCUCGUUUUUCCAUCUUUGUGUAACGGGUGUUCGUCAAAAGGUGUUUUCCCAAAUCCUCCAAUAGCACAUCGACCCCGUCAACUUAUUUGUCUCGCGUUACAAAUAUCAUUCUCAGGUGUGUGUCUUAAAGCAGAGUUGGCGCCAUGGUUACCUAUGUAUCCCUGAUCGAAUAAAAUACGCCUACAAUUAAUUGACUACAAAAUUGUAUACUUUGAUCGAAAAAUACAUCCAUCAUCUGGUAGUCUAGCGUAUAAGCUCUUUCUCUUUCUCUCCCGAUACCACCUGCAACAACUAUUUAUACGCGUUUCGCGGAUCCCGUGUCGCGCAUACGCUCGCACCCGCGCGCGUUCUCUCUCUCUCUCUCUCCCUCUUUCUUGACUCGCGUUUACUCUUUCGACUCUCUCAAGGAGGGAAACUCUCCGCCGCUUCUUCUCCUCCUCCUCUUCCUUGACCAGUGCCACCACCAGAACCACCACCACUACUACCGUCACUUUACGUCUUCUCUUAUCUCUCUCUUUCUCUCCAUCUCUCUCGGCAACCGUGCGCGAUCCUCGUUACUCCGCGUUGGCACGGUGGUGGAACUCGCAACGGAACUUCAGUGCAGCUGCGGCGAGCAGCUGACGCGGUAUCAUUCAGAUUGGUAGUAGAGUUCGCGCCGCGACACCACACGGACACGCAGUCAGUGCGCGGCGUACGUAGGGCACGCACGCAGGGCACUCACGCAAGGUGGAUCCUACCGCCUCCCAGGGCACACGCGCAUCUCGCACUCGUCGCAAAUGAGCUCGCGUCGCGAGCGCGCGCGCGAGGGAAACGCUCCUGCUGCCGGUCGUCGUGACUGUGUCUUCUUGGUCGCAAACAGUGCGGUGUGGCGUCGUUAUUGCCGCCGUCAUCGUCAUCGCGUGAAUCUGCGACGAGGUGCACCGGCUGCGGCGGCAAUCCGCGGCCACGAUAGAUUCGGCGGUUCUUCGGAGGAAAACUGUUAAAAGCACGGGCGAACGCGCGGCGACGACGAGUGCGCGCGCCGACGAGGCAAUAUCCACAGUAAAUCGCAAGUUUGUAACUGAAUACGGAAUCCGUUGUACUUAAAGAUGCAGUUAACACGAUUAUCUUCGACACCACUGAUUUUGGCUUUGGCCCUGGCCUUCCUUUCGACGGCAUGUCGUUGCGACGCCGGGGAAAGUAUAGUAGGAAGACGGGAGACUUGCGAUCUCGAAGGAGAAGACGUCACUGUCGACAAAAUCCUGAAUACGAGUUGCUACCGAUGCAUUUGUAAGAACGGAUUUGUGGAGUGUUUGAAACAACAGUGUCCAAGUGUCGAAGGCUGUUACGCGUUACUGGAACCGCGCAACAACGAGUGCUGCUACAGGUGCACAGGAUGCAUACGGAACGGCGUUUAUCACGCAUCGGACACAGAAUGGACAGAAGGGAACGACCCGUGCCGAAUAUUCACCUGCAAAGCGGGAGUUGUCACUGAAUCGAAACUACGAUGUUACACGCCUUGCUCCAAUCCGAUACCAGCCGCACCUGGUCAAUGUUGCCCCGUAUGUGCAGGAUGCUUCGUGAAUGGGCAAAAGGUCACGGCGGAUAGAUCAGUGACAACGACGGAGGAUCCCUGCGUAACCUGCAGGUGCAAUGACGGACGGCUCACCUGUGCAAAGCAAGCUUGUCCGGCACUCAAUUGUCUUACUUCGAAGAUUGUUCACGAUCCUGGCGAAUGCUGCCCGCACUGUCGAGGUAGUGCAAAAUAUUUCUCGCCUCCGAAAGGUGCGUGCAUGCUCGGGACGCAUUUGUACAAAUCGGGCAGCCAGUUUUACGUGGAUCAUUGCACGCGUUGCACCUGCGCCAAUUCGGCGAUCUCGUGUAUCAAAGAGACCUGUCCAGUGUUGGAAUGUCCCAGCGAGCAUCAGAUGACCGUACCCGGUCAGUGUUGUCCGCAGUGUCCGCUCGUUGAAGAGAGCAAGGCUUCUUGCUCUUAUGGUGGAAGAACUUACGAGGAUGGCGAAUCUUGGAAGCUUGAUUCCUGCAAGGCAUGCGCCUGCAAACAAGGCAAAGUGCGCUGCGCAAUGCCUAUGUGUCCGCAGUUAAAUCUACCUUGCCCGCCGAAUUCGAAGUUGCAACAUCCGGAGGGUCAAUGUUGUCCGCGAUGCGUCGAGAGUGAUGGUGUUUGUACAGUUUUCGGGGACCCGCACUAUCGUACCUUCGAUGGUAAAUUAUACAGCUUCAAAGGAGCGUGCAAGUAUCAGUUAGUCAGUGAUUGUGUCGAUCAUACUUUUAGCAUACGUGUAACUAACGAUGCUCGAAAAACAAAGUCUUCAGCGUGGACUAAAACAGUCGCCAUAAAGAUCGGCGACUUGAAAGUGAACCUUGGUCAGAAAAUGAGAGUGAAGGUGAACGGGAAGAGGGUGGACGUUCCUUAUCGCAUUGCUAACCGAGUGGACAUCAACCGUACGGUCGACAGCGUGAUCGUCAAUACGCAGAUUGGGAUCAAGGUCCUCUGGGACAGUAUCAGCUUUCUCGAAGUGUCCGCACCUUCGUCAUACAGGAGUCGGCUGUGCGGUCUCUGCGGUAACUUCAAUUCCCAGAUCAAGGACGACUUUACUACGCGACGCGGCCGACUACUGCAAGAUCCACAACAGUUUGGUCAAUCCUGGACCGUGGGCGCCAAGAAGAUGUGCAGUCGAGCUCCAAGAAUCGGAAAUGGCGACAAGGAGAAACGUUGUCGAGGAAGAAAGGAUCACCGAUUAUGCAAUCGACUGAGAUCACAAAUCUUCGAUCCUUGUCACAAAAAGGUGAACCCGGCGAUGUACUACAAGGCCUGCCUACAAGACAUGUGCGAGUGCCCGACCGAGCAUUGCUACUGUGAGGUUUUCAUGGCAUACGCGCACGAGUGCAAGCGGCUUGGCAUUCAACUGCCACACUGGCGAAAGGCCACGAGAUGUCGGACCGUUUGGGACCAGUCGACGAGUCCGGCGACGAAUCUUGCUCGCCGUUUACAUUAAUCGCGCACUUUACCCGUCGUCAGGUUCGGCCUCUAGAAACUCUAUCUCGAAGGCAAAAACGCUCACACUGAAAUUCGCGUACAUUUUAUCUGCAUUUAGAGAAAUUUUAUGCCCUUUGUUUUUUUCUUUUCUUCUCGAGUAUCUCGAGAAGAAAAAAUUAACAUUUUGCUAUCGGAUAAUAGCAAAAAGGAGACAUUAAUUAAAGUAAACUAAAGUAAAUAUGCAAUUUAGUGUGCGAUCCUAUUUUAAUAUACAGGCCUUUAAAGGGCGUCAGUUUAAAAAGAAAUUUUGCUUGGAACUUAAAAUGUUGGCUUCCAUCAAAAUCAUGCAUUUUGCACCAAGUAAGAUAGUUAAUAUUUAUUAUUUUUUGAUACUUCAUAUUUAAGCAACAGCUCACAAGCAGAUGCGAAUAAUAAUACGAAGAACAAAGCGCUCUUCUAAUGGCCUGUAACACAUUAAUAUUGCGACUUAAUUCGAAAUAAGUAUUCAUAAAUGCUUAUUUAUUCGUCAAGCAACCGGUAGAGCACCGCGGUACUUAUAAGACUGUUGUCUAUAAUGAGAAACAGCAAUGGAUUAAUUAUUAAUGCGAUAGAAAAUGUUUUACCGCACACAUCUUGGUGUGCAAAUGCAGCAUGAGCGAUGGAUCGCCAUCGCCAUCAGAUUAAUUGUAUUAUAUCAUGACAAACAUAAAUUUUACAAACGCAGUUAAAUUUCAUCUAGUUUCACAAAUUAUACAUAUUAUACAUUACACAUAUUACACAUUACACAUGCCUCCUCUUUGAUAUCUUCCGCGAUAUUAUUUCUUCUUCUAUUCCUGGGAGCUCUUUCUGCCUACGAGAAUGCACAGACCGGACACGGACGGUGGAGUGCUCGGCGAGAAUCUGCUAGUCACCACUUCGUAUCAAUAUACAUUAACGGUGAGUUCCUGUGUUCCCGUGUGUUAGUAAUGUCGAGCUAAUUGCUAGGGACGCAUUCGAGCCAGAGCAGUAUCUUUCUUUUGUAUCAAUUUUUAUCAUUUCUAUCAUUUUUCAAGAUAUACCUAAACACUUGUUAUUCAUAUCUACAUAUAUUUACUCUAAUUCGUUACGAAAAAUAUCAUAUAUGAUUUAAAACUCAUCUGUUACUUUAUUGUGCAUGAUAUAUAAAAUAGUGAUAGUAAAUUAUUCUUCUAUAAUCGUAUAUUAUCGUAUUUCAAUUUAUGAAAAAUUAUGCUCAAUUAAAUUUAGUUUUUCAAAAUUAUCAUGUAAUUUGGAAUUACUAUAUUAAUGUAAUUAAUUAAUCUUAAACUUAUUGAUAAUGAACCAUUUAUACAUAAAAAUUAUUUUGCUUCUGUAAUGAAUUCUUUCAGUCAGAGUCUCUGACUCGAACGUCUCUAAUAACGACUGUUCAUCGAUGUAGAGUAGCGGCAAUUUCGCGCUCACUCGCACGGAAAUCUCACACGGGUCACAGCAGCACAAGUACGCAGCCAUGACGCCCAGGAAACAUGGAUCUCACGUGUGUAUGUGUGUGUCUCAAGAUUUCAUGCGGAAUUCCAUAGAUCCGACAAAAGCAUCGCGAGUGAAGUCGCUCGCGCACUUAGGAACGUGUGUAGCGCGGAAAAUGAAUGGCUUUUGUGUGUCGCAGCGUGGAACACAAAAAAUGCAAAUUUAUAAUUUACACUUGACGCUAAGUAUAGUUCAAUUCUGAAUCUUACAUAGAUAUAAGCUUGCGUAUGCUGUUAUCACAAAUCGAGGAUGACACCUUUAAUGCUAGACAUCCUAUACGUGCGCGUAUGAUACGUUUUAUGAAACUAUUAUCGAAUAAAUGCGAUAUAUAGUAAUUAACGAAAUUGCAUCAUUGAUUAAAUGAUUGUAAUUUGGUAAUUCUCACUAGCAUUAGAAGAGGGAAAGAGGAAGAGAGAGAGAGAGAGAGAGAAUUUAUAUUUUAAUAACUGCGAAUUUGUUAUAUACUUCACCGAGACAUAUAUAUGACCACCUAAAAAUAUAAUAGAUGCAUUUGCUAGAAUAGAGCCCUAUCGGGCAAUAUGUUAAUGACAUGAGAACAGUAUGCUCGCGAAAUUGUGAGGACGACUUUUGUAAGUAGCAGCAAGUGGCGACGUCUUAUUUCAGAGCACCGUGCAGUAUUUCGGCCGAUGAGCAGGCUCGCGGCAUAGUGUGUAUGUACAUCUCAGUUUAAUGCAAGCAAAUUACGUGUCGAUCGAUUAUACAUGUAUACAUGCAUAUACAUGCCAUACGUACAUCCGUGGAUUCGAAAAUUCAUAAAUCUAUUGUUUCGCAGAUCCUUACUUUCAGGAUUCUAAAAUUCAGAAUUGCAAUCCGUAAAUAAUCUAUCAUUUUGCGAAUUCAUCGAUUUAGAUCUAUGCACAUCUAAAUUUGUUCACGUGUGGUUUCACAAAUUCGUGGAAACUUGUGAUUUCAUUUGCAGAUUCGUUUUCAUCAAGUAUAAGUUUUCUUACGUUUCUGUAAGAUCCACGAUCUUAUAAAUUUCUGUACAUCAUCUUGAUUCGUAGAUCCGUAGUAUUUCUAUGCAAAUCUUUAAAUUCACAAGUCCGCAGUUUGUCAAACUCUUACGUCACUCUUUUCGUCACGAAUAGAAUUAAGAGGGAGCGUUUUCUCCCGUUUCGUCUCUUUGACGACGAAUAUACUUUUUUAUAUUCUACACGUAUUCUUUACGUAGCGCAUAACGUAGACUUUUACCGUAGCUCUAGCAAGGCGUUUGCAAAUUGUACAUAGGAAGAUGCGAUUAUUAAAGUUAAACGAGCACUAAUCAUGGUUACUACUAACGUGCCACGAUUGUCAAUAGCUCCUCACUUACUAUCUCCAUUUUUAUUACGUUUCUGCGUUUAAGCUCGUCUUCUUUUCUUUUCCGACUAAUUUUCCUCUUACUUUUAUAAAAUCAUUACGAAUACUUUGCUAAAUAGUUUUCGUAUAGAGCUAUCUUUUAUGGAAACAGCAACGAGGGGGCGACUUUUUCAUUUAGCGAAACUGUACAUAGCCAAAAAAUACACUGUAAUUAAUAAUUACCGAUGAGUUUCGACGAUGAAUCAAACGAACUCUGUAUACUGGUUAGUUCAAAGCAUUAGUCAAUUUUUGUUAAAUCUAGAGCUCUAGCGUAUAACGAGAGUAUGAGCGUAAUAAAUGAAUUACAUUUAUAACUUUCGUAAAA